CAACUUCCUCCAUUGCGGUGGCGCGUCGGCCAGUGCUGAGAAGACACCGUUGCACACCAGCAAGAGUUGGUCGCAGUUCUGCGCCAUGAGCCGAGCAACUAAAACCAAAACGGAGAACGCGCAGAGCUCCCUGCUAAGCCUGCAGGAAAAUCAGGCCCUGGACAACCUGCUUGGCAGAAGGUGUGCUUCUAUGGCCACUGCAGUGGCGCAGUUGUUCAUGGCCCUGCCUCACCAGCCGUCCACGUGGAGCCUGCAGCACACUGGCGUGGUCUGCCUCAUUAAGGACAACCCUCAGCGCUCGUACUUCUUUCGCAUGUACGAUUUGAAGGCUGGGAGGCAGCUGUGGGAGCAAGAACUCUACAACCAAAUAGUUUACUCCACAGCUCCGCAGUUGUACUUUCACACCUUUGCUGCCGAUGACUGUCAGGUUGGACUGAAUUUUGCUGAGCAGCAGGAAGCAGAAGCCUUCAGAAAUGCUGUAGUGGGAAAAAUCAACCAAAGGAGCAACCGGCAAGAACGAGGGUCUCUUCCUGCUGUCCCACCAGAAAAAUCGGCAUCUGGUAGCCGCGGUUCUUUUCACAAAGACUCCAUGGAUAUCCCGAGCCCCGAUGUUUCCCUACGUUACCGCUUGAUACCCUCGGCUUCCUCCUUCAGGAAAGGGAAAAAGGACAAGAAAAACAAGAAAAAGGGACUCUCUAAAGCUGACAUUGGCGCCCCCAGUGGAUUUAAGCACGUCAAGCAUGUCGGGUUUGACCCCAACAAUCUGGACCCCGACCUGUGGAACCUCCUCUCCCAAGCAGGCAUCGGAGAGGAUGAGAUGAGGGAUGAGCAGACGUCCCAGAUGGUCUAUAACAUCAUUGAGCAGUCUGGUGGCAUGGAGGCGGUCAAACGGGAGGCCAAAAGAGGAGCCACUGGGCCUCCAGCACAUUCCCCGGGUAGGCAGGGGCCUCUUCCUCCUGUUCCAGGCAUAGUCCCGGUGCCGCCGCCUCCACGGGGACGUUCCGGCCCCCUGCCUCCCCUUCCGGCGCAGUCGCAGCGAGGGGUGCGGGGAGCAGUCCCGCCGCCACCGUCCAACCGAGGCUGCCUGCCCCCUCUGCCGCCAACGCCCGGUCCCCCGCCGCCAUCCUCCCAGGCCACUCACACGGGCAUCUCUCACAACACGCCUCCCCCGGUGCGGCCUGCCCAACAUUGUGCCGCUGCGGCUUUUCCACCUCCGGCCGCCCCGUCCCCGCCCGGCAGGAGAACUUGCGGAGAUCUGGCGCCGCCUCCUCCACCUCCGCCUCUCCAGCUAUCCUUGGAGCCUCACGCGCCUCCUCCUCCUCCUCCUCCGUUUGGUAGCUCGCCAUCAUCACCCACCACUUCGUCUGUGACGAGAACAGACAACAGAGGUGCUCUGCUGGAUCAGAUACGACUGGGGAAAAAGCUCCGAAAUGUGAGUGAGUGUCCGGAGCCGAGCGCGAGCUCGCCAGCCGAAUCGGGCGAGGGCAUUGUCGGUGCGCUCAUGAUGGUCAUGCAGAAGCGGAGUAAAGCCAUCCACUCGUCAGAUGAAAGCGAAGACGAGGGCGGAGAUGAUGAAGAGGACGACGACGACUGGGAUGACUGACGCCACUUUGACGGAUGCAUCCCUUGUUUCCAGGCAGAUUUAAGUUUCGAAUUAAAGGCUUCCCCAAACUUUUUGUUUUGUCGAAAGUUUUUCCACAAUAAACUCCUUCGUCUCUUGGAGCA